AAAUAUCAGAACUCAGACCCCCCACCCCAAUCCUCUCAAAACCUCUCUCUCUCUCUCUCUCUCUCUCUGUAAAGAUGGCUUCGACGACUGCUGUAACUGCUCAGGUCACAAACCUUAACGGGCUAUGCGACUGGAAAAGGCCUUUCCCUGCUUCACUUCCUUUAGCAUGUUCUGCCUUGUGGAUUGAAGUUGCAGGAAGACAUUAUGGAAACCUGAAUUUAAAUGCAAAUGUUGUUGGCAAGCAGCUGUUGUCUUGGUCUGGCAAGUGGAAAUCUGAGCGAAAUUACAGAUCUUUCCGUGUGAUUGGUUUAUUUGGAGGGAAAAAGGAGAAUAGCGAGAAGAGCGAUGAUGCACCUUCAAAGGCAGGAAUAUUUGGAAACAUGCAGAACUUAUACGAGACUGUAAAAAAGGCACAAAUGGUUGUCCAAGUUGAGGCAGUUCGGGUGCAGAAAGAACUUGCUUCAGCAGAGUUUGAUGGUUACUGUGAAGGUGAGCUAAUCAAGGUAACACUAACUGGCAACCAGCAACCUGUACGGACAGAAAUAACUGAAGCUGCAAUGGAAUUAGGUCCAGAAAAACUUUCACUUUUAGUUACCGAGGCAUACAAGGAUGCUCACCAAAAGAGUGUCCAGGCCAUGAAAGAAAGGAUGAACGACCUUGCCCAAAGCCUAGGAAUGCCACCAGGACUCGGUGAGGGGUUAAAGUGAAGGUGCAUUCCUCUCAUGAUGGUGUCCAACACGUGCAUCAAUUUUGUAACUGGACUGGUUAGAAGUGCUUUCGGUACCAUGACUGGAAAUUUAUUAUCUGUUUAUCAUAUUAACUGCUUAGAUUCAAAAGAAAGAGUAUUUUGAAAUUUGUGAUCUUUGUUGUUAUAACAUUCAAUAAUAAUUGGUGGUUAAACUAAAUCAACUAGUCAAUCAAAUUCUACUUCAUCCCUCA